AUGAUGCGGCCUGAGGGCCACACAAUAGAAGAUGAAGGCGCCAAAAAAAAGUGGGAUGCAUGGAAGCGCGAAGAGGGUGUCUCGAAAACUGAAGCAAAACGACAGUACAUUCUCUAUCUUAUCAAUACAAUGCGAGUGUAUGCUAGCGGAACAAGCGAAGCUAGAGAGCUCUUGAACGAGCUUGAGUAUUUAUGGGAUCAGAUCAAGGACCUUACGUACUCAGAUGAUGACCCGUAUGCUUCACGUCAUCAAGUGGCAACACAUCCAUUCAUGAGCCAGCUGACAGGAGCUCCUCUGGUACACUCAUACAUGGAGCUGGACCGCUUUUCAGUCGGGACUCCAUGGCCAUUACAUAGCACAGGUUCUAUUUCCGCAUCCCAUCAGAUGAAAAACAAUUCCGAGCAAAUUUAUCUGCAUUCGCGGCGAAACACGCAACAAUCGCUUAAUGAUUCGGCAAACUUGCCCAGAUCUCACCACAAGAAUAUCAGCCGGUCUGUUGUUCUGCUUGGGAGAUCUGGAAACAAUCAGGUAGAGGUCCCGCCGUCGACAAUUGAGGAUUUCAGGACAUGGCAGAGCCAGAUAAAUCUGAUCAUCAACAAACUCAGCCGGGACUUUGCAAGCAGGAAAACUUCCCAGAAUCAUAGUGAUAGUGACUCUGAAACUGAGCUCGAUCGGACCCAUGAUAAUUGGAGUAAGGUUCUCCGCCUCCUCAAGUUCACUGGUAUGCAUUUGAUUCGCUUGGCACAAAACAUGUCAAUAAGCUUGUUAGCUAUCUUGUUUGUUGUGUGGUGCGUGAAUAGGAACGUCAUUGUGAAAAGAACCAUAGUUAAAAAACAGUUGGAGGGAAACAAGACUCUGAAAGAACUUGUCAUCAAUAUGAUCAUCAACACUGAUGAAAACAAGUGGUUUGUUCAAAUCCUUACUCUUGUCAACAAAAUCGUUGGCUUUGUUUAG